AUGCGUUGUUGGGGUUGCGGCACGACGUUGCGCAACAAGACGGCCCUCUUCAGACACAAGAACGACUGCCCGGUCGAGAUGAGGUUUUCUUGUAUAGUGUGCGAGGCGAGGUACGCGAAGAAGUCCGGUCUGAAGAGACACCUGGUUUAUCGUCACCCUGACAUAUUUGGAGCCGCAAUGACCGAUGGUUUUGCAGGUAACUUUUACUGUCCCAAGUGCGCUAAACCGUACGUGAAGAUGACCUCGCUGCGCAAACAUUUGAGGAUCGACUGCGGUCACUCCAAGAGGUUCCGUUGCUCCUUCGACGCAUGCAAGUAUCGAUCCAAUCGGAAAGAAAACACCAAAAGACACAUGGUGUUGGUACAUGAUUUCAAAUGCGACCUCUGCCACAAGGGUUAUUCGAAGCCGGAGUCGCUCUACAUCCAUAAGAAGUACAACUGCAAGAAGGGCCUUGUGGGACGAGAGUACCGAUUCGCGUGUCCCAACGACGGUUGCACCUACAGAACCAACUUCAAGUUCAACUUCAAUAGGCAUUUCUUAAACACUUGCAAAGGAAAACCCCUGAGAAACUUCCCCAGUGGUCCGAGGUACAUCUGCACGGUUUGCGGCAAAUCUUACAAGUUUCGGAGCUCCCUCUGGCGGCACACCAACUUAGAGUGUCAGAAGGAGCCGGCGUUUGCUUGCUACUUUUGUCCCUACAAGACUUACCAAAAGGGACACCUCAAGAGUCACCUGUGGACGAGGCACCACCGCCAAGCCAAGGGAUCGUAUUUUAACUGUCCGUCCUGCCGGAGGAGCUACAGGCAGCUGCGCUCGCUCAGACGCCACGUCAAGUACGAGUGUCAAAAGGAACCGUCCUUUUUUUGCCAGCACUGCCCUUACGCGGCUCACCAGAAGGGCGCCCUCUAUAGGCAUCAGCGCUGCGGCAAGUCGUACAAGAGAAAGAGCUCCGUCUACAAUCGCUCGAGGCGGGAGUGCGAAAAGGAUCCGCAGUUUAGGUGUUCGAUUUGCCCGUACACGGCCAAACAGAAGGUUCACUACGUGAAACACGUGCUCGGCAAACACAAAGACCGUGCGAGAUGCCCGAGCUGUAGGCGACUGUACGGAACUGUAGCAUCGUUAAAGUUUCAUCAAAAGUACGAGUGCGGCAUAAUGGCGGCGUUCGAGUGCGCCUUCUGUUUCUAUCCCUGUCCCCAGUGUCCCAGAGUGUACCGCCACUACACGUCAAGAUCGAGACACGUCAAACUCGAGUGUGGGAAAGGACCGACUUUUAAAUGCUCGGCGGAGCGUUGCAACUACGUAGCCAAGCGCAGGGGACACCUAAAGACCCAUAUGCUCAGGAUACACAACUUGCAGCUUCAAAGCGAUUGCAAGGUGGAGGUUUCCGAGUACGAGCCGGCUCAAAAGGCGUUCAGGUGUCCUAUCAGAAUGUGCCGGUUUGAGGACAAAACGCUCACAUACUUGCAGGAUCACAUAGCCCUGGAUCAUUGUCUUCCAGAAGAUUAUAGAAUGGAGAUACCUCACUACCAGCCGCUACCGAAGCCGUUCAGAUGUCCGAUCAGGAUGUGCCAGUACGAGGGCAAGGCGCUAUCGCAUCUGAAGCACCACAUCACCCUGGGUCACCGGCAGAAUUGGGCGCGAUCCUACAAGAAUAAAACACACUUGACGCGACACCUCAGACUGGAAUGCAACGUCGAGCCGAAGUACCAGUGUCAUCACUACGCGCAGUACGUCUGUCAUUGCGGCAAAUCGUACCGGCACCACCAGUCGCUGUACAAGCAUCGGCGAUUCGAGUGCGGCAAGGACAAAUCUUUCUGCUGUGACGUGUGCACCAAGUCCUUUUGGCACAAGCAGUCAUACAAAAGGCACUACCACCAGUACUACCUCCACAGGUGUCCCAAGUGUCACAAAACCUACAAGUACAAGUGGAACCUUCUGCGUCACCUAAAGUACGAGUGCGGAAUUCCGCCCCAGUUCACUUGCAGGCUGUGCCACAAGACGUUCACCCACAAGAGCAGCCUGAAAGUUCACGUGGCCUGCGUCCAUGAAGAGUCGAAGCGGUUCGAGUGCGCCAACUGCUACCGCAGGUACAAGUACAAGAAGAACUUGCAGUCGCACGUGAAGCACGAGUGCGGCAAGGGGGUGAAGUACAAGUGCCCGUAUCGGGGUUGCGAGUAUGGCUACUCUUGCAAGCACUGCGGUAAGACGUACAAGCACGACACGUCACUAUACAGACACAAACGGUACGAGUGCGAAGCUUCCUCGAGACCGUACACCUGCGGCGUGUGCCGCAAGACGUUCAAGAGGAGAGAUCAUUUGUUUAGGCAUAGCGUUUACGUUCACUCAAGUGGCAAAAUGUACCCUACGUACGAGUGCGGGGUAGAGCCACAGUUCGCGUGCCAGCACUGCGACAAGAAAUUCGUCUACAAGUUUCGCCUCAAUCAGCACAUGCACGCCCAUACCCAUUGCUUCGUCUCGCUUCCCAUUUUUGACGCGGUGUUUUUUAUCUCGGACCCCAUUUCAGGACGGUACGCGUGCGCGACUUGUUCGAACUGCUAUUGGUACAAGAGUAGUUUGAAGAGGCACAUCACGUACGAAUGCAACAAGGAGGGAAAGCAAGUGUGCCGCUACUCGAGGCGACCGCGUCACUACGCUUGCGCCGCCUGCGGCAGGACCUACAAGCACCACGCGUCGCUGUACAAUCACGUCAAAUACGAGUGCGGGGUGGAGCCCAAGUUCAAGUGUCCCGAGUGCAGCUACAUGGCGAAAAGAAAACACGUCUUAAUAGCUCACCGCUUUACUCAUCUUCCUGCGUCAAACUUCCCUCCGAAUCUUCCCGGUACGAGGCACGGGUGUCAUAACUGCGACAGAACCUACACCAAUAGGGCUAACCUGAGCCGUCACCGAAGGCAGUGCCUCGACAAAGCGGUUAGGCACGAGUGUCCGCACUGUGAGUACAAAUCCUACAGGAGUGACCAACUGAAGAGUCACCUGUUAAGCCACACAAGCGACAACGCUCACGUCGCGUCGCGGUCGGUAAAGCACGUGUGCGCAAACUGCAACAAGGCGUACGCCAAGAAGAACUCGUUCUACAAGCACACGAGGUUCCAUUGCGGCGAGGCGAACGUGUUUAGGUGCGUGAAGUGCGACUACAAAUCGCCCAGGAAGGAGAACGUGAAAAAACAUAUCGUGGUGCGGCACGAGACCUUCGAUUUCCCUUCGUGUAUGGUCGUCGAGUAA